GCUGCUGUAUGCGAACUACAUCCACACAUAUCCGCGCAUCGGCAACGAGCUCGCGCCUCUUGGGUCCCGCGUCGGACCUCUGAGUAGCGCUUGAAGCCGUGAAACCCGCAAAAACCCUUGUCGAGGGGGCGGGCUUAAGAUAACGCCCCUCCCAGGGGCGUGACCCGAUGGCUAAUAUCUCCCCCUCUGCUCUGCCUGGCCCCACCCCGCGCCGUGUUUUUCGGCGCGUGCGGCUGAGAAGAUUGACGCGAGUCCGCGCGCCUUUGUCCGAGCGUGCGCGCGCCCGAGUGCGUGCGUCACUAGCGUCGGCUCCCGUGGGUUGGGUGGCCGGCCACCGGUGUUGCGGAGCGGGAACGGCAGCAGCAAGAAGAGGAGCGAACAGAUGGAGAAAUAACAGUGUGUGUUUAUGCUGAUGGGAAGAAUCCAGUAGAGAGGAAGACAUUGAUGAUGUGGGAGAGAGGAGAAAUGCUGGAAUUAUGUCCCUGAGCAGGCAGGAGAGUUUGGAGGCUGGAACCAUCAGUCAGUCUCUGGGGAGAGACUGGAAUGGACCGAGCCCUGGUACAGUCCAAUCAGGGAAGUCGACAGUGUGGGGAGUUGGAGGAACCCGGCUGGAUGUGACCCCAAGGACAGAAUGGUGCUGGACUCAGGGGCUCAGGUGUAUGAACAGGCACCCCCCAGCCCUCCAGCCAGUCCUUCAUCCUUGGGCCAUAGGCUGAAGCCCUCAGACCGAGAUGGGACAGCACUCUACCCCUGGCCUCGGUCCCUGGCCUUGCCACUGGCUCUGUCAGUUCCCUCAGCCCUGCGGCCCCAACCUGAGCUGCAGCCCUUCUCUGAGCUGCACUUGGGCAUCCGUGGCCACAUGCGUCGCAGUGAGAGCACCUACACCGUAAACAGUACUGGCCGGCGGGGGGGCAGCACCCAGGGUCGGGCCCCACCUGGACGGGGACGGGACCCAGGUGGGGGCACCCUGCGCUCUGCAGCCUCCCUGCCUCACAUUGCUAAGACUCGAAAGGAUGCAGGCCGUGGUGGCAGCAAGAGCCCCUGCAUGUUGGUGGCUCUGCGGCCAACCAACAUGGACCGUGAGCGGGACAAGUUCUUCCAGUCCCAUUAUACCUACAACCCACAGUUCGAGUACCAGGAGCCCAUGCCUACAGCUGUGCUGGAGAAGUACUGUGAGGCCUCCGGACAGUUCAUCCAUCAGGCAGUUGGCAUCAUUGAGGCUGUCUUGGAGAAGUUUGGUACCUAUGAACACUUCGAGGCUGCAACUGGGGGGCAGCUGCUGACCAAGUGCCAGAUCUGGUCCAUUGUGCGCAAAUACAUGCAGAAGGAGGGCUGCGUUGGGGAGGUUGUGGUGCAGCUGAGUGAAGACCUGCUGUCCCAGGCAGUGAUGAUGGUGGAGAACAGCCGACCAACACUGGCCAUCAACCUGACUGGAGCCCGCCAGUAUUGGCUGGAGGGCAUGCUACGACACGAGAUAGGAACUCAUUACCUUCGGGGCGUGAACAACGCCCAGCAGCCGUGGCACAGCGCCGAGGGCCGGCUGCAAUACGGGCUGCGGCCCGCAAACCCCACCGAGGAGGGCCUGGCCAGCCUGCACAGCGUGCUCUUCCGCAAGCAGCCCUUCCUGUGGCGCGCCGCGCUGCUCUACUACACCAUUCACCGUGCCGCGCGCAUGUCCUUCCGCCAGCUCUUCCAGGACCUGGCGCGCUACGUGGAGGACGCGGACGUGCGCUGGGAGUACUGCGUGCGCGCCAAGCGCGGCCAGACUGACACCUCGCGGCCGGGCUGCUUCAGCAAGGACCAGGUGUACCUGGACGGCAUCGUGCGCAUUCUGCGGCAUCGCCAAACCAUUGAUUUCCCGCUGCUGACCUCGCUGGGCAAGGUGUCCUAUGAGGAUGUAGACCACCUUCGGCCCCAUGGGGUGCUGGACAAUACCCGGGUGCCCCACUUCAUGCAGGACUUGGCGCGCUACCGGCAGCAGCUGGAGCACAUCAUGGCCACCAACCGGCUGGAUGAGGCAGAGCUGGGCCGCCUGCUGCCUGACUGAUGCUGGUUGAGGGCUACAGGCAGAGGCCCUGGACAGAGGGCUCAAACUAGUCCCCAGAACAUGAAGCUGGCUGCUUGCUCUCUGC